AUGCACAGCCUGCAAGUUGGAGUGGGCUGGAGCUGCCCGCUCGAGGACGCGGCGCCCCGCGAUGCAGCGUCCCGUAACGAGAGCUGCUGGAAGGGGCAGGGGUUUCACUGGAGCCUUUGGCACCUGCCGGAGCACCGGCUGACCGUGGCCCCCGGUUUUGUGUUGCAGCUUCCCUCCUUCGCCCGCCGCUCGAACAUCCUCACGGGGCUGCAGGACCCUGCUGUGGACAACAGGCCAAAGCUGGAUCUCGGCUCCUCCGGCAAGAGCCAGCAGCACCAGUAUGAACUCAACAGCAAGAAGCACCACCAGUACCAGCCCAACGGCAAGGAGAGUGGCAUGAAGCACCAGUCCCACAGCAAAGGGAAGUAUUACUACCAGCUCAACAGCAAGAAGCACCACCACUACCAGCCGGACCCCAAGAUGUACGAGCCCCAUUACCAGCCCAGCAGCAAGGAGCCGCAGAGCCAGGCCUGCUUGGACAGUAACAAGAGCCCCCUGGUCGCCCACCCGGACAAGUGGGCUCACGGCCCGGCCAAAAACCUGCUGGGCCCAGUCAAGAAUCUUGCUGCAGAGAGCAAGAAUGGGGCUGAGAAGAACCUGUCCAGUGGUACUGGGCCUCCCUCCCGGGACAGAGUGACCAGCAACGGCCUUGGGGGCAAGAUGAAGAUCGUGAAGAACAAGAACAAGAACGGACGCAUUGUGAUCGUCAUGAGCAAGUACAUGGAGAACGGGAUGCAGUCGGUGAAGAUCAAGUCCGGGGAGCCUCCCCGGAAGCGGGCUGCGGAGGAGAGGACUCCUAAGAAGGGUGGGGAGGAGAAGCUGGAGGCUUGGAGGAAGCCGGGGGAGGAGAGGGUGGUGGGCACCAACACCCUGAGCAAAGCAGAGGGCGAGGGCCAGCAGCCCCCCGCGGAGCUUGAGGAAAGUCCCCAAAAGACUCCCCUGGCCAAGGAGCUGACCAUUCCUCCGGCAGAGCAGCCCCUGCAGCUCACCACCAAGCCAGACCUCGUGCCCUGGUCCCUGAGUCCCGUCUGUGAGCACAGCCCUUCCUCCAUGGGACUGAACCUCUCCAGCCCCGGCUCGCGCAAGCGCUGCCUGUCGGAGCCGCACCCGGAGGUCAUCCUGCUGGAUUCGGACCUGGACGAGCCCAUAGACUUGCGCUGCGUGAAACCGCGGGCGGAGGGCGAGCCGGCCGUGGCGCAGGUGAAGCCGGAGGUGCCACCGCCGGCCGUGGCGCAGGUGAAGCCGGAGGUGCCACCGGUGCCGGCUGAGAAACCGGCCGCAGAGCCUCCGCAGCCCCAGGAGACCGUGGAGGAGGAGGAGGAGGCCGAAUCCCUGCAGGAAUUCAAGCCCUUCUUUGGGAAUAUAAUUAUCACAGACGUGACCGCGAACUGCCUGACCGUGACCUUCAAGGAGUACGUGACGGUGUGA